GAGUCUGAAGAUUAAAAGGGAAUUGCUGUAAACACAAGUAAAAAGUGGGUAUAAUAAUAACAACAGGGACAAAGAUGUCCUGAAGCUACUUGACCUUUCUUCGGCUGUAUUGAAAGUACGUCAACCUGACAUGUUAACUCUGACUACACACAUGCUGCCUGACUUGAAUACUUCCAGCAACUGCAGUAUUUUGUAUUUGGGUAGUUUAAAGUCUAGUUCUCACGCUGAACAAAUUUAAAUGAUGUCACCGUAUUUUUAUUUGGAAUGAAAAUUGGAGCUAAAUAUUCUAAUUCGAGGGAGGCUCGUUUUGAGUUAGUGUAGUCACACAGCAUCCAAUGGUGGCAUUCGCAUGAUUUAAUUGGCCCGAUGUCGUCACACAAUGCAAACCAACUCAAUUCCAGUGAAGUCCCCCCAUCAGUACAAAUUGCUUUUUGAAUUGCUUGACAUGAUGUCAGCACCAGUGUUUUUUCCCCCCUUUUUAACAGCCCACGAUUUCUCAAUUUAACUGGAGCAGCGUUAAUCAAAUGCGAAAUACUUCAAGGCCAUAUUUGGCAAUUACGAUGCGUCUCCCCACACAAUAGUAUCAAUGUCUAACAGGCAGAAGCAAUGGGGCCGUCCACGUAAACGCCACAUUCUGUAGCGUUUCUAUCUCUUUAAAGCACAUCGCAGGCUGAUCAAAGAGCUGUUGAUCACUCUGCGCUGGGUGUAAUAUUGUUUAUAGAGUAGGGGAUUUCCACAGCCAGAGGAAGUGAUAUUGACUUAAGGGGCUUUCCAGCCAGAACAGUCAGUCAUCGCAGCGAGUGGAUCGGCGUUAACAGCAGCGGCAGAAAAGUGGGGAAUUUUAACAUUGUGUAAUUGGCCCUUUUUUUUUGUACAAGACUUUCAAAAUGGCAGCAAUGAAUCAGAGGUGGUUUUCGCUGAUAUUUUUACCAGAAGAAACCUUUUUCCGGUUGGCUUCCCCGCAAGAUUGACACUUUCGGCUCCGGGAGUGAAGGCUGCAAAGGGGCAAGGACUAUAGGGGCCGACCCAGACCACGCUCGGAUGAAGAGCACCAUUUGGGCUUUGGGCGGCCGUAGGCCAUGGCAACAGCAAGAAACAUAGAGUCAUUGGCACCCCUGUUUUCCCCGGAAUCGUUGGCACAGCAAGCGAAUGUAACCCCGGUUCAAGAUGGUAGGAUAUCAUCUCUAAGCAUUGAACCGGAGGAUGGGGGCUUCAAGGAGAAAUUUGUAGUGACUGUGGAAAACAAGUACAAGUGUGAGCAUUGCUGUCUUCCGCUCUGCAAUCCGAAGCAAACCGCGUGUGGCCACAGGUUCUGUGGAAGCUGUAUGCAAAAAAUUCUUGGGAAUCCAAAUUCUGUGUGCCCACUUGACAACGAGCCUUUAUAUGAGGAUGCGGUUUUUACGGACACCUGCUGUAGAAAGGAGAUUCUAGCACUUCAAAUCUAUUGUAGGAAUGAAAUAAAUGGAUGCAAGAGACAGCUACCUCUAGGAAAGCUUGAGGCUCACUUACAUGAAUGUCCUUACCAGGAAGUUCGAUGUGCUCGCAGGGGGUGCACAGAAAAGGUUCAGAGGAAGGAUUUAGCUGACCAUUUAAAUUCAACUUGUACAUAUCGGGAGCAAGCCUGUAAAUACUGCAAUAAAAAAAUAACGAUUGCAGAGUUAAAGAAACAUGAAGAUUUUGACUGUCCUGCAUUCCUAGUCCUAUGCCCUAAUAAGUGCAAUACUUUUAUUCUGAGAGGAGAGGGAAACAACCAAGAAAUGAAAAUGCAUGAAGUUAGUACAAUGGCCCAGCAUUUAAAAUAUGUGCUAUUGAAGAAUGAACAUCUCGAAAAAACGGUCUUGGAUCUUCAGAACAAGUUGCAAGAAAAGUGUAAAAUGGUUGAUAUCAUGUCAGCCCAGAUAAGCCACUUGGAGAAAGAACAAAGUAAAUUUGCACAGCUCGCAAGUAAGAACGAAAGUCGACUUGGCCACAUGCAGAAAAUGUUGGCCAGUCAGACAGAUAAGCUGAUGAAUAUUGACCAAACAUCGCAACAGACAUACCAAAGGCAGGAAGAGACUGCUCGAGAUGCCAACAUUCUGAGAGAAUCUAUAGACCACCUGCAGACCCGAAUUAGACAACUGGAGUUGCCCGGCAGAACUGCUGGACCAGGCAUGGGAGCUGCUAGUUUGACUGAAUUAAGUAACCAGCUGAAGAGGUUUGACAGUUUACUGAGUGUUCAUGACGUGAGGCUGGCAGAUAUGGACCUACGCUUUCAACUCUUAGAAACUGUCAGCUACAACGGUAAACUGAUUUGGAAGAUUCGAGACUACAGGCGGCGGAAACAGGAGGCUGUUAAUGGAAAAACGUUAUCCUUGUAUAGCCAGCCAUUUUACACGGGAUAUUUUGGAUACAAAAUGUGUGCUCGAGUUUAUCUCAAUGGAGAUGGUAUGGGCAAAGGAACCCACUUGUCGCUGUUUUUUGUCAUCAUGCGAGGAGAAUAUGAUGCACUAUUACCUUGGCCUUUUAAACAGAAAGUAACGUUGAUGCUGUUAGACCAAGGACAGGCCAAUCGCCAUUUGGGGGAUGCCUUUAAGCCAGACCCCAACAGCAGCAGUUUUAAGCAGCCAGUAGGAGAAAUGAAUAUUGCUUCUGGCUGCCCUCUUUUUGUUGCACAGACUGUCUUGGAAAGUGGAACGUAUAUUAAAGAUGACACUAUCUUCAUUAAAGUAGUCGUUGAUACUUCAGACAUGCCAGACCCAUGACCCCAACAAUGCAGCAGCCACAGGAGGAAGAGUUUUCAAAACCGGGUCCACACUGGUGAAAUACAGCUUUGUUGGUUUCUCAACAGCAGGACAUUCCUCACAGUUGGUCGCCAAAUGCUAGAACGGAUCACCUGACCUUCUGAAGGCCAAUGACCUUUACCUCUCACGAGGAAGGAGGUUCUGUGGGAGCAACGCUGAUAACUUUCUGGUAGUUAGUGGCGAUUGUUCAGUCUGUGAGGUACUUCAGGAGUGCUGUAGAGUACAUGAUUUGCUGAAGUAUUGUCUGAAAGCAUUGUCUAUCCGAUUCAUGAUGGGAAAUGCAAGACUUUGUAAUAACAACUUGUAUUUAUAUUAGCACCUUUAACAUAUUAAAACCUCCCAAGGUGUUUCUUGAGAAUGUUUAUCAAGCUGCAUUUGACUCUGAGUUACAUAUUAGGGUACAUGACCAAAAGAUUGGUCAAAAUUAUUUUCAUUGUUAGCAUUACAAUCUGAGUUUCAAUGCUGUGGCCAAAACAUGCUCCACAUUCUUUUAUUUUUCUUGCUUCAUAUGAACUCAGAUGAGUUGUGAUGAAGGGAAUCUCGGAAGUUGCAACAGGAUUGACUCUAGGUCACUAUCAGUGAAACCCCCCCCAGUUGCUGAUCCAGCAUGGCCAAUGUGACUUUGGAGGAUGUGCUGACAGGAGGGAAGUUUGCAAGAGGUGAUUGAGUCAAGCAGGUUCCUCUUGUUUCACAAAAUUACUCCUACAGGAUUUUUUCAAGAAAGACUUCAAAUUAAAUGGAAGAAGUAAAAGUAUUUAUUUUCUAUUAUGAUGACAUCAUUUUUAAUAUAAUACUUAAAAUGGGUUAUCCAGUGUUUUUUUUAUUCUCAUUAGUCGGAGUUUUCUUGGGUAAAAGUAACUGGAAGUUGAGUGAAAAAGAUUUGCAUUUAAAGCAUGGUUUUUGCAACUUAAAGAUUUUUAGAGUUCAUGGAAUACAUUUGACCUAAAGUCACUGUUGCAAUGUAGAAAAUGGGGCAGCUAACUUGCCCAGGAAGUUGCCACAAACAAAAGAGCGAUUAAUAAUCAGAUAAUUAAUUUAUGUGUAAUAAUUAAUUGAGGGAAAGGCCAGAAUGCCAUGCUCUUCUGGAAAAAGUGUGGAAGGAUUUUUGUAUGCCCACAUGUGAGAGAGAGAGAGACAACAGAGGCUCUGGGCAUUGCCUGAGGUGCCAGCCUAGGGUUUUGCACUCAACUCUAUGAAAUGGAACAUAACUGCUGAUUAAUGCUAAACACCUCCCACCAGCUCAGCCGCAGCAGAAAUGCAGUGAUCUAAUUUCUCACUUGGUUUGACAUCAGUUUGAGAAACUAUAAGUUUUCUUUCCCUCUUUGAUAAAUUAUUCAUGGCCUCUCCCGUGUCCAAACUGCUGAAAGAUCUCCAUGAAGAAAUCCAAACAUGAGGUUACUUCCUUUACUUGGGCAAUCUUUAUUUUCCCCCCUAGAAAAAUGCUCUUGCUGGGGAUGUAUGUGACCAGGGUACUCCUUCCUGAAGGAGUUGUGUUGGUAGCAAAUGAAAGAAGACUGAAACAAUAAGGUCCAUUUUCAUCAGAAAAUAGAAAUAUUCAAUAAUGCAGAGCUCCUGUAUAUUUUGUAUUAAAGUAAAAUCAGCUGAUUAUGAAGUUGCAUAUUCAACUUCGAUUGUUUUCAAAUGUAUAACUAAAACUGGACUUGCAUUCAUCUCUGACCCACUAGUAUUUAAUGGCACAGCAUGUUCAGACCAAGUUUCAAUAAAUGUGACAAAUUCCCCUGAGGUCUAGAUGAGUAACCAUUCACUGUUACCGUACAAUGCUGUCAAACCAGGAAGGUUCUCAGAUCGAUCCUUGGUCAGUGCCAUAUUACCGAAACAGAACUGCACAGCAAUUGGUUGUGGUAAUUUGAAAGGUUCCGAGAUGGAUCCAGUGGAAAGCAGGAAUAUGCACACUCUUUGCAAUGAUGGCUUUCCCUAUGAAUUAGCCUGCUGAAUUGCACUGGCCAGUGCUUCAUAAACAUUAAGCAAACUGGGUACAACAAGUAUAUUAUGUUAAUUAUUAAGAGUUAUUAUCUUUACUGAAGGAAAAAACUUUUAUAAAGUCCUUUAUUAUCCUCAGUAGGUUUCAGCACAAAUUGAUAAACGGUGGGAAAUGGCCGAAGCAGAAGGAUUUGUCUCAUUCAAUGCUAUGCCGAAAAUUCGGCAGUUUGUCAAGUGAGCAUCAACGUUUAUUUCUAUAUUUCUUCCGAUCUUAUGGUUGGUAGUGGUGUUUUGUGAAUAGGAACUGUUUAAUGAUUGUAUUUUGGUCAGGUUUGUUUAAAGUAUAGCUUAUAGAUAGUUAAAAGAAGCUUGAGAUGAUUUUAAUUAUUGGGAUGAUUCUCAAAAUGAGGGGUGGCUAUAAAAACUACAGGUUAUCAUUCCAGUUCAAAAAUUGAUAAUUGGAUUUCUUCUGACCUGAUUGCAUUGAUUGGCCUUGUUCGGGUAAAUAUUUAAAUACAUUUGAUACCCACAAUUACAAAUGACUGCAUUUCUCAAUGCAAAUUUACAACUGAGCUGAGACAUUAUCACUGGUUUGUAAAAGAGGAUUUGCUUAUGUUCAGAAGUUACAGGGAAAGAAGUGAUAGAUUUUUGGUAGUGCUCUAAUGUUAUUUUUGUUGUGAAAGAAUUGUUUUAUUAAGUGUCAACUUGUUACCAUCAUUUUCCAAGGAUUAAUAAGUAAACAACUUUUCCACAUAUACCUUCUAAAGCUGCCUCCCUUAUCCAGGUGGCUAAUUGGUAGAUGAUGUAAACCUUAGUUACGAAUCUGCUGCUAAACGGGGGGAAAGAAAGCAAAGUGAGUAAACGGAUUAAUUGUUGAAAGUAUGAGAAGCUACAAAUGGAUGCUGGCACAGGGGAGUCUAAGCCAAGUGAACCAGCGUAGAGGUGGAUAGUGAAACGGUGAAAGAACUAUCACUGGAUUGUUCUCCUGAAUACUGUAUUUUAUACAAGAAUUCUAUAAAACACAAUCACUUCAAGCCAACAUCCUGUUCAAUGGUUAGAUUUAAAUUAUUAGAAAUUGUUAUUGAAAUGUUUACCUUAUAACUAAUGUAACCUCAAUUUGUGUUUUCACUUUGUGAAAAUUAUAUUAUUUAAUGACUGGCAAGUCUAGAUGGCUGAGUGUAUAAGUGCACGUGUAUGUGUGUGUGUGCCUCUGCGCGUGUGCGUGUUUUUUAAAGUAUUCACAGUGGCAAAUCGCCAGUGAAGUUACCUUUUUUUUGUAAGAGCUAUUUACAGUAUCUUUGUUGAAGCCUUGUUUUCUGUGAUGUUUUUGUCAUCAGUGACAAUGAGAUAAUCUGUUUGACAAUCCACAGGAUGUUUGUUCCAUUCUGGAAAAAUGCCAUUUCAAUAAAUACAGUCAUUA